CGCUUAUUUAAGCGCGCGCAUUUGAGGAGUAAAAACCAGUCUAUCAUUACAUUUGCGCGAAGUGGUUGCACAUCUUUCAUCGACUAACACUUUUGUAAAACACUACAUAAAUAUUUCAAGAUGGCACAGUUACCCAAUGAGCUGGAGCAGCUUUUCGCUUUUGUGGACAGCAAGAAGGAUAUUUAUAUUGAUACGCUUAAAACAGCGGUUGCUAUACAGUCCGUUUCGGCAUGGCCCGAAAAGCGUGGAGAAAUCGACCGUAUGGUGGAUUGGACCGCAGAUAAACUAAAAGCGCUCGGUACGGAUAUCGAACUGGUUGAUUUGGGCAAGCAGACACUGCCCACAGGCCUGGAAAUACCCCUACCGAAAGCGCUGUUGGGUACACUCGGCAAGGACCCUAAAAAGAAGACGGUUUUGGUUUACGGCCACUUGGAUGUGCAGCCUGCACUCAAGGAAGACGGCUGGGAUACUGAUCCUUUUGUGCUCACCGAAGUCAAUGGCAAACUGUACGGACGCGGCGCGACUGACGACAAAGGACCCGUUCUCUGCUGGAUACAUGCAAUCGAGGCUUAUCAGAAAUUAAAUAUUCCACUGCCUAUAAAUAUUAAAUUCGUAUUGGAGGGCAUGGAGGAGAGCGGAAGCGAGGGCCUUGACGACAUGCUGAUGCAGCGUAAAAAUGACUUUUUGAGUGAUGUCGAUUUUGUGUGUAUCUCCGAUAACUACUGGUUGGGAAAAAAGCGUCCUUGCUUGACCUAUGGUCUGCGAGGACUUGUCUACUUUACCGUAGAGGUUGAAUGCUCCAAUAAGGAUCUGCACAGUGGCGUUUUCGGUGGCACUGUCCAUGAAGCUAUGCCUGAUUUAUGCUAUUUAUUGAGCUCUUUGGUGGACAAGGAUACAAAUAUUUUGGUGCCCGGAGUAGAGCGUGAUAUUGCUCCCCAAUUACACAACGAGCAAGAAAUCUACGAAAAAAUUGACUUUGAAGUGGAUGAAUACAAAAAAGAUGUAGGCGUUGAGCGCCUGCCGCACAAUGAGGACAAAACGAAAAUUUUGAUGGCCAGAUGGCGGUACCCAAGUCUUUCCAUUCACGGCAUAGAAGGGGCUUUUUAUGAGCCUGGAGCUAAAACUGUUAUACCUAAAAAGGUUAUUGGAAAGUUUUCAAUUCGGUUGGUGCCCAACCAAGACCCAGCGCACAUUGAAGAAUGUGUCGUUAAAUACCUGAAUGGCAAAUGGGUAGAGCGUGGUUCACCUAACAAGAUGAAGGUCAGUCUGCUGUCAGCUGGUAAGCCCUGGACUGAAGAUCCAAACCAUCCGCAUUAUGAGGCCGCCAAGCGCGCCAUUAAACAUGUCUUCAAAGUGGAGCCUGACAUGACGCGCGAAGGUGGUUCUAUUCCAGUUACUCUGACAUUGCAAGAGGCCACUGGCAAGAAUGUAAUCCUUGUACCAGUUGGAGCUUGCGACGAUGGCGCUCACUCUCAGAACGAGAAGAUUGACAUUUAUAACUACAUUGAAGGCACCAAACUUUUGGGCGCUUAUUUGCACGAGGUCGGAAAGUUGUAAAGGGCAGAGAUCCACUACGUAAUCCACUGUACAUCACAAUUGCCAAGACGCUGUGAAAACAUCAACACCAUAUUUUUAACUUUUGUAUGCAUUUUUUUGAUCCUUGUCGGAAACAAAUAAUUAUUAUUGUAUUUUGAAACAUA